AAAAGUGUGUGGCUGGCUGGAGGAGGCGCCGUGGCGGGGGGUUCCCCAAGCGCGGAGGCGGAGGAGGGCGCUCGGCUUGGCCGGCCCCUCGCCGGCUCUCCCCGCCCUCCUGCCGGGCAAAGCGACCGACCAGUGGGAAGGCGGCUCGCCCGGCGGGCUCGGGUUCGGCGGGCUCCAUUGGCCGCCGGGCUGGCCGUGCGUGCGCCACGGAGAGGGCCCCGCCGCUGGAGCCCGCGCUGGUGCCUCGCCGUGCCUGCCGGCCUGGGACGUCGCUGCCUGCCCUCGGCCAGCGGCUCGCAUCGGCGCUGCUGAGCCCGGCCGGCCAUGGGGUCGCCCGCCGACCAGCCCGCGCCGCCGCCGGUGGACCUUUAUCGGGACACGUGGGUGCGCUACCUGGGCUAUGCGAAUGAGGUUGGCGAGUCGUUCAGGGCCAUCGUGCCCGUCUCGUUGGUCUGGGCGAGCUAUGGCGUGGCAACCGCCUACGUGACGGCGGACGCCGUGGAUAAGGGCAAGAAAGCCGCUGCGACAAAGUCUCAGGAGGAAGGGAGGACCUCCAGAGCAGCCGUGGCGGUUGUGGACACCUUCAUCUGGCAGGCGCUGGCCUCCGUGGUCAUUCCGGGUUUCACCAUUAACCGGAUCUGCACUGCCUCUCUCUACCUCAUGGGCAGCAGGACCCGCUGGCCCCUCUCGGUCCGGAAGUGGGCAACCACCGCUGUGGGCCUCUCGGCCAUCCCUUUCAUCAUCAAGCCCAUUGACAGGUCAGUGGAUUUCUUGAUGGACUCCAGUUUUCGCAAGCUCUACAGCACAGAAGAGAAGCCGCCCUCUUCCUUCUGACGUGGCUGCCGCCGCGUCCAAUUGCCCACACUCACCGGCUACUACCUCUUUUUCCAGGCCACGUGCUGUCGGGACUUUUAAGAUGUUGAAAUCCAACUUAGCAAGGUCCAGCAUGGAAGAUGCGAGAACCAGGCACGGAUCGACACUUGAUCUUAGCCAGUAGGCUGAGAAGCAUGGACCCAUCUUUUGGAAUUACAGCCACUGUGCAAAAAAAGUGGAGGGUGUUUUUCCUCCUCUUUGGGGGGACAGUCGGCUCCAAUUUACUGGUAGCCGUUCCCAGGAGCAACACAGCUUGGCUCGCCGAGAGAUGUGGCAUCGAUGAUGCACUGUGAAACUCUUUAAGAGCUGGACGGUUUAAUUGCACUAUUGAAACUUAAAUGGAGGUAGUUCCACCUGUCUCCCUUUGUUGCUGAUCGGGUGAGCAACUCGAGUUCUCCUGCUGCGCUUGGGUUGCAACUCCCAUCACCCUCCCUGCUGCAGUUUGUUGCAGCAGGGGAUGAUGGGAGGUGUAGUCUGACAGCAGGAGAGCCUCGGGUUGGCCAGUUGCAGCUUCUUGUAGUUACUUUUCUUCCUAUCCUAGGAAUAAUAUUGACAAUAAAAACCAUGACUCUGAAUCCGGA